GGAAAAUGGGUUCGUGGGAGGGUUAUUAUUAACUUAUCUAGUUUAGUUAUUAGUUAGUUAUUAUUAGAGAUAUAACUAUAACUUAUCGAGUCUAUAUAUCUCCGCUCUCCCGCAUCGCAUCGCAUCGUGUGUCAGAUCGUGUGACGCUUUGUUAGUUAACUGGCCCUCUUGUGACUGUCAGUACUCCGUAUAGUAAUCUGCUGUUUAUUCUCAUACCUUAAGAGCCUAGAUAUAUAGUUAUAUAUUAUUCACCGUCUUUUGACGGCUUUUCCUUGUUGAGUUGCUGUUGUUAUUUAUUAACCUAUCCUACAACUGCCGCUUAACUUACUUCCUUUGUUCAACAACAGCCUGGGAAACUUUACCGUGUACUUUGUAUUUGGCAACUCGUUAAAGCCAGCCGCCCUUGUGCCUGAAGAAGCGCCUAACAAACAGACGGGCGGAUCGCACUAAAUCUUCUCCUGGGCUCGCGAUCUUUGCUUUCUUGAUUAUUAUUUGCUUUUUCCUUGUCGUCGGCGCCUGGACGAUGGACAGCUAGCAGCUCAAUUCCUGGUUUUUUCUUUUUUCUUUUUCUUUUUUUCUUUUUCUUUUUUUGCAUCAACUGCAACAACCCUUUCUUGACUCUUUUUAACUAUUCCACGUUUCAAUUUUUCUUCUCGAUUUUGCAACCUUUGCCUCCCUGUCAAGUCAAUCAAGUCCGUGAACAUACUCCCGCCGAUAUAUCGCGAGCCUGCCACGAGAAAAUAAAGAUAUUCCCCUCCUCGAGAACGAGGUUCGCUCAUCCCAACUACGCGUCACAAUGAGAAGGGACUCAAGGGCGGCCGCUGGCUGGAUGGGGAUUCUAGGGAGACGGAUUUCCUUGGUUUUGUUAACGAUUCAGUACACAACUUUCACAUUAACAAUCCAUGCAAGAUGGAAUUGGCUGAACUAACCGUCACUGCGUCACGCGAGUUUGUGAAACCCAGCUCCUCCAUUACUCCAGAGUAAUGCCCGUCGUUGGCGGCCGGCGAUACCUCUCCUCAACUGCGGUGUUCCUCAAUGAGGUUAUAAAACUAGCAGUCUGCCUAACCGCGGCGCUCUACGAGGUCUCCAAGACCGUGCCACCCUCCAUGCCCGCGACUUCACUCUUCACCAACCUAUCUGCCGCGGUUUUUACUGGCGAUAGCUGGAAACUAGCUGUUCCGGCAGGGUUGUAUACUCUAUCAAACUCCCUGGUGUACAUCGGGCUCUCCAACCUCGAAGCCGCCACCUUCCAGGUCACAUACCAAUUGAAGCUAGCCACAGCGGCAAUCUUCGGCGCCACGUUGCUCAGGCGGAGUUUAUCCUUUGGGAAAUGGACAGCGCUGUUCCUACUAAUCGCGGGCGUCUUUAUCGUCCAGCUACCACACACGGACCCAAAUGAUAUGCACGACCACCGCACGCGCGUCCGUUUCCCCCGCUCGCUGGAAGAAUGGCAGAACCUCGGUGCCUCGAUGACGCGCCGCAAUGUGCAUCAGCAGCCGCACAAGCGCUCCGCCACCUACGAAGGCAUCGAGGAGGAUCUGAUGCUGGGCUUCCCGCACAUGAAUGGGAACAUUGGCCUGCUGGCUACCAUUGGCGCAUGCAUCGCGUCUGGCUUGGCGGGCGUGACCUUCGAAAAAGUACUGAAGGACAGCGCCACGUCUACCACGUCUGUAUGGAUCCGCAACGUGCAGCUGGCCGUCUAUUCGAUAUUCCCCUCGUUGUUUAUCGGCGUGGUGUUCCUGGACGGCGAGAAGGUGGCGCGCGCUGGAUUCUUUGGUGGCUACAAUUGGGUUGUGUGGCUGGUUAUUGGCCUGCAGGCCGGGGGCGGCAUUGCGACGUCGUAUUGCAUUUCGCGCGGAGAACAUGGCUUGCGGAAUUCGGCGACUGGGAUUAGUAUUGUGCUAAGCGCUGUUGGGGCGAUGUGGGCGUUUGAGUUUAGGGCGAGUGGGAAUUUCAUCAUCGGCACCAUCCUCGUCCUCGCAGGCACUUACAUCUACAACCAACUCCCACACCCAAGCACCCCCCGCACCCCCCCGAAAAGCAACAACCGGCCCCCACCUAUCCGCAUCAACAACUUUGAAAAGCUCAGCGGCCUAGGCAUGGUCACCAGCACCACCAGCACCACCAGCGCCUCAUCAGCAGCAGACGCAGGUAGGAAUAAUAAUAAUUCCACCACCACCACCCUCAAUCAUGCCAAUGCCGAAUACUCCCACCUCACCCCGUCCAACGACUUUUCCAUAAAACUGCCCACAACUCCCGGUUUGUCUGAGUCGGCGGCACUGACGACGUCGAGACCGGGCUCGCCGAACCAUACUAGGUUGAAAGGGUCGUAUUUUGCGCAGAGGGGGGGUUAGAGGGGGAUUAUUAAUUUAUUAUUAUUAUUAUUAUUAUUAUUAUUUUCUUUUAUUUCUUCUCUUUCCUACCUUCCUUUUCGAUUCCCUGCGGUUACACUCAGAGGUAGUGAGCGGGAGGGGAGAGUAGAAGAUAGAAGAUGUGGUUCGGUGCGUUAAAUUAUAUACAAGUCGGGAACUCUCAGGGUCUGGUUUCUGCGAGGGAUAGGGUUGUUUUUUUUUUUUUUUUUUUUUUUUUU